CGGACCCUGGUGCUUUGUUUCCCUCCAUACCCUGCUCCAAGCGGUUCUGCUUCGCGUUAGGCCACUUCCAGGCGCUUCCCUCUAUCCUGAUCUACGCCGUUCCUUUCAAGUUCGGCCUACCAAGCGAUCACGGCCUAGACGACGGUCGAACCCUGCCGCAGCAGCGACAGAUAUAAUCUCAACCUCACAUCCUUUAUGUGUCUCUUCUGGAUGGGAUUUUAAAGACAACGAGAGAGCUUCAUCAGGUCGUCAACACUUUCACAAAAGAUCUCUGAACUUCCUCGCUUACCUAAUUCCUGCUCCAGAGCCCACCACCGGACCCCAAGCUCUGACGCGCAGGCCAGCCGAUUCAUCCGUGUUCUCCAGUGUCAGCAGCUUUUCCAGCCUUACUUGAAAAUAACGACAUCAUCGUCAGGCCAGCCGGACCCUGACUGUCGCGAUCAAAGAAGAAUGGCAGAGCCUUCUUGUUCUCUGUGAUCGUCCUCCAAAGUCAACACAUCUAUUAAAAUGCCCAAUAUGCGUCCUAACUUGCUUAAGCGGGCACAGAGCUCCACCACUCGCCAAGUUAGUAAUUUACUGCAUUCCAGAAACAACUCGCCACACCCUCAGCCGGACACUGUUUCGGGCCUCAAAGCCAUCGAGGAGGAAACUCUUCCAAAGUACAAUGCGGAGAGUUUCUACCCUGCACGUCUGGGGGAGACAUUGAAUGAUCGGUACAAACUUCUCGUGAAGUUGGGCUUCGGCAUGACCGCAACGGUCUGGCUAGCACAAGAUUUACGAGCAGACAAGAACGCUGGAAAUCGGAAAUAUGUCACCAUCAAGAUCAAUGUCAACAAUUUAAGCGAAGAGUUCCUGAAAGGCCGGCGUGAAAUUGCGCAGAGACUCCAAACGGCUAACCCCAAUCACCCUGGCUAUAAGCAUGUUCGUUUCAUGCUCGACACGUUUAAGGUGAAAUCGAGGGGUGGGGAACAUCUGUGCAUAGUGUACGACGUCCUCCGCGAACCCAUUGAUAUGUGCAUGGAGAAGUUCCCUGGGCGGCGCUUCAACUCCGAGAAACUCCGGAAGCUGCUACCUGCACUCCUACUGGGUCUUGAUUACAUGCACAGCGAGGCUCACGUCGUGCAUACCGAUCUCAAAGCCGACAACAUCAUGAUGGGGCUUGGCGACCCGUCAGUUCUCGACCGUUUCGUACAACAUGAGCUCGAGCAUCCAUCUCCGCGCAAGAUGCCCGAUAACCAUGGCCGGAUCAUCUAUACAUCCUGCAGUGAUUUCGGCGAGGCUCCGUCAGACGCUGUAAUCGAAUCCGCCAAGAUCACCGAUAUUGGACUUGCUCAGUGGGGAGACGUCAAAAACACCAAGCCCAUUCAAUCCAAUGCCUUUAUGGCGCCGGAGGUGAUCUUACAGUGCGGCUGGUCAUAUCCUGCCGAUAUCUGGAACUUGGCUGUGAUGCUCUGGGAUUUGUUCGAGAACUUCGGCUUGUUUGACGGCAUCGAUACACGACCUGGACAUUACCGCCCUGAGCAGCACCUAGGUCUUAUGAUCGCACUGUUAGGUCCACCACCACCCGAGUUCCUGAAACGGGGGGCCAAAACAUCGAACUACUUCGACUCACAAGGCAAUUUCAAGUACCCCGACUAUAUAGCUAAAGACCUCACUUUCGAGUCGUCUAUAGCGCGGUUCCGAGGAGAGGAGAAGGAGCUGUUUAUUGAUUUCGCACAGAAAAUGCUCAAAUGGGUGCCAGAAGAACGGUGGACGGCGAAGCAGCUACUCGAGCACCCGUACCUGACAAAGGAGCGCGAAUACGUGCCGACGCCAGCACUAAGCCGUGCAUCAACAGAAACCUUCAACUCUGGUUUGCCAUCACGUUCAGGCACACCAGGACCUACCUCACACCCACUCCUACCGCCACCACUGAUGCUAUAUUCUAAGAAUUCCGAGAAGCCGUCUCCCCGGAUUUCUCCCCCAGAGGCCAAUGGGGCCAAGCUCGAGAAGUCCGUGUCCAUACCAACCCCGUCGGACCCAACCCCAAUGCCGUUCCAUCUCAAGAAACGAGAUACGGCAUUGAGUGAUAGUGCAGCAAGAUCCCCGCCAUCAAAACCUGUUCCGCAAUCAAACAAGUGUUCACAGGAGCUGAUCGACUCAAUCCUGAACAGAGGAAAGCCCAAUGCCCACAAGCCUGCCGAGACGAAACCAGAAGAAAACCCAGCCACGGAAGGUAGUCCUUGAUGUCAACACUGCGCUUGCUUUGUUCUGCAAUUUCAUUUUCAGUCGGCGAACGUGGUCGGUUUUCAUUUGCAUGGAGGGAGUCUGCGGCAGGUCAAUGAAGGACAGUCUAGCGGGGAAAUGCAUGGCGGGGCUAUGGGAGGGAACUGUAAUGAUCAGCUCGGGGAGGCUGGGUUUGCGGAGCGUUCGUCCGUAACAGCGGGCAAUCGGUGCCAUGUGCUGUUCUGUGUCUUGUCUUUACCUUUGGGCGUUCAGUUAGCCGGGACAAAGAGCAGAGAAAUGUGAUUUGCCAUAAAGAACUUCAACCUUUUCAAGGCCCACUGUUGACAGCUGACGACUCGCUUGAUCCAAGAUCAGCAGAUCUCAGGGCUAGACAGUCCUGCUUAAUUCCAUGAGGCUUUAUGAUAAAAUGAUGCGGACGACAAUGGAUGCUUGUCAACGUCGAUAAUUUUCUAACUGUGCUGUGGCUGGUUUUCUCAGA